AUAAGAAUUAACAACAAACCUCCUUUUUUAUCCCCCACCUUCACUUCAAAACCCUUUCCCUUCUAAACUUAUAAUUCCUUCUCCCCCAUGCCCGCCCACCUCCUAUCAAUCUUUUCCUAAUUAAUAAUCCUAUUAUCAUCCUAAUUCUUCCCCCUAAUUAUAUCAUAUCAUAUAUAUGGCCGAUAGCAAUAAUUUUCCCCUUAACCAUCCACCGCCCUUCGCCGGCGACACCACCUGGACCAAACUCUUCGUCGGAGGCUUGGCUUGGGAAACCCAAUCCCAUGAAAUGCACUCUUUUUUCCAACAAUUCGGUGAUAUUCUUGAAGCUGUCAUUAUUCAAGAUAAACACACCGGAAAAUCCAAAGGUUAUGGAUUUGUUACUUUUAAAGACCCUGAAUCCGCUAGAAGAGCUUGUGCUAAUCCAAAUCCAAUUAUUUGUGGAAGAAGAGCUAAUUGUAACAUCGCCGCCUUCGGCCGCCCUCGUCCGCCCCCGUUCUCGCCGUCUUCCGGAGGAAGAAAUCAAAUUGGAAAUCUACAAAGUACAUCUCCUGCGGCUGCGGGGUCUUACGGUGGAUUACGGCCGCCGUUUCCGCCGCCGCAGCUUAUUUUUCCACAUUAUAGAUACCGAUCAUAUGCCCCAAAUUACACUGUUCCUUACCAUCAAGCUAUUUAUAAUCCACAAAUUCAACAGCCACAAAUGUACCAGCAAUCACCAUCUCCAUCGCCAUCUUCUUCUUCUUCAUAUUAUUAUGGCUAUGGCUAUUCUUCUUCUCCUUCUUCUUCACAGCUUCCAAGAGCAGCAUUUUCAGUACAUGGCCAUCCCCCACAAUCACCAUCAUACUUUCCUUACUACACGAAUUACACCCACAUGCAACAACAAGCAGGCUUAUUCUAUACUCCAAUGCCUCAGAUCAUUACUCCAAGUACUACCGGUUGGCAGACUCCACAGCAUACUCCAACAGAGACAGAAGCUGGGGCAAGUGGUUCCAAUAGUCCAAAUACUUCAUAGAAAUCAUCUUGUUAAUUAUAUUAUAUUACUAAACUAUAUUUUUCUUAAACAUUCUUCUUUUAUAUUAUAUUAUGUUAAAUAUCAUCAUUUUUUAGUUAACCCAUA